AUGAAGAUCAUAGUUGCCAUGGAUGAACUGCCCAUAUGUGCAUCGAGGAUGGGGAUCGAAGAAACAAUAAGAAAGAGGAUCUCUUCUCUCUUGAAGAAGAUUUCCCAUCCUGAUAAGGCAAGCAAGAUCCAGAUAGAGUUUUCUGAGGAUAAUGAAGAAAAGCUGAGGCUUUUUGCAAAACCUCACUUCAUGGUUCCUGAUAUGUUGGAUGAUGGAGAGAUGUUUUUUGUAGGGACACCCGGAUUCUACUCUUCUGAGGCUUUCGAUGAUGAAGACUGUAAGAGGAUUGAAGAAUCUAUGAGGCAUUAUAGAUGCUAUCCUGUGUUCCAAACGAAGGGAGAAUACUCAAGAAUGAUUGAAAGAAUCCUUCGGAAGAACACCUAUGAGUUUGUGCAAAAAGAUCUAAACCAUGCCAGCAUGUUUGAAAGAUACAAGGUGUAUGUCACUGAAUAUUGUAAGAAAAUAAUGGAGAUCUAUGAAGAAGGGGAUGUUGUGUGGGUGAUAGACCAUUCUUUACUUCUCCUUCCAGGCAUGCUUGGCUCUGUUCCUACUGGAAUGUCUUUCUGUGCUCCCUUUUCAUUAUUGUUCAAGUGCAUUCCAUUUUGGGAGGAACUUUUUUCAUCGAUUCUUUGCUGCAAAUACAUUGAGUUUAGUGAGAACUUGUCUGAGGGAUCUUUUAACAUGCUAGUUUCUCAGAAGAAGGGAUUUGUUGCAGGAAAUCCAGAGUAUAAGGAUGUAAGGGUGCCGCUAACUUGUGUAGGAAGAAGAGGAAUUGAUAGAGAUGCCAUUCUUAAGGUAUCGUCUGAGGUGGAGAGAUUUAAAGGGUUUGAAGGGAAAAAGGUCAUUCUUGUUCCAUUUGACUCCCAGACCCAUCUUCUUGGGAUUGAAGCCUAUUUGUCUAGGUAUGAGAAAGAGAUUAUGAUUUUGUUUCUGAUCACGAAGGCCUUAAACAGAGACUUUGAUGAGCAAACCGAGGUUAUGAGACUUCGGGAGUAUCUUGAGAUGAACUACAACAUCCCAUCAAGGGUAUUUAUACCUGCAAAUGAUGCCGAAUUUGUUUCUGUGUUGAAAUCUUGCGAUCUAUGCCAUUGCUCAGAAAUAACAGAUGUCUGUUCGCUUCUUGGGAUUCCUAUUGUCCAAAGCAAUCCAUAUGAUUUCUUUGAAGUAGCAGACGAGAUAAAUGAGAAGCUUGAACAAGCAGGAAAAAGUACUGAAGAGAACUCUGAGGAGAUGGUUGGGAAGAUGGAAUGGAAGAGGCGCUUUAUGACGAACUUUUUGAAUGCUAGUGGAAUUGAGUAUGACGUUGAUCUUGAGCCCAAAGAGCCAAAGGUGAGGACAUCGUUGUCAAUGAAACAAAAAGAAAAUGGGAAGGAGAAUGCAAAGAAAAAGUCGAGUACCAAAAAGCGGGAGGACAGGAAGAAAGAAGCAAUUCAAAUUGACUUGGAUAGCAAGGAGGAUGAAAAUGCUGCAAGGAUGGUUGAUGACUUCAAGAAAAGCAAGACCAGGACAUUGAUUAUGGAUUAUGAUGGAACACUGACAGACAUUGCUGUGCAUCCUUCGAUGGCAGCACCAACUCAAGAAAUAAAGGAUCUGCUUGUAAGGCUGAAUAAGGUCUGUAGAGUUAUAAUAUCUACUGGAAGAAGCGUCGAGGACUCAGACAAGUUUUUUCCAAGGGAGAUUGAGGUCUUUGCAGAGCAUGGAGCAUGCCGUCGGGUCAACGGGGAAUGGAAGGAAGGCGUUGCCUUUCCACAGAAGGAUCUUGCAUGGAGGGUUGCAGAGUUCUUUCACUUGAGGACACCAGGCUCUGAGCUGGAAAAGAAAAGAACAGGCUAUGCCUUCCAUUUCAGGAAUGCGUCUCCUCUUGUAGGAGUGAAGCAAGCAAAAGCUCUUUUCGAGCUUCUGAUGAGGAUUUGUAGAGACAAUGUGAAGGAAGGCAAUCAUAUAGUUGAAGUUAGAAGCAGCAAAAAGUCAUGUGUCAUGAAGGAAGUUGGAGAAGGAUUUAUUUUAUGUGCGGGGGAUGAUGUUGCUGAUGAAGAAGCAUUUGAUCUGUGUAAUGGAUACACCAUUAAAGUAGGUCAACAAGAUACAUCUGCGGCGUACAGGGUCAAGGAUCCAAAGAGUUUCAGAGUGCUCCUUUCCAAAUUCCUGGAAUAA